CCUAAAAAUUGACCCUGCAGUGACAAAAUCUAGACUUUUCGGUCAAUGCAAACGCAGGGGCGGCGGCGGCCGGAAUCGGAGGAGACGAGGCGGCCGAUUCCGAGGAUUACGAUGAAGUGUCUGUCAUGCAAGGAGGAUUACGAGGCGGCGGAUUCCGGAACCUGCCGAGAGUGCUACGAGGAAGCUAGCGAGACCGAGGAGGAGCUCAAGCAAGAGAUCGACGAUCUCAAGGCCAAGGUCGCCUUCCUCUCCCUUCCCCCACGCCUUCUCUCUCCUUCUUUCUCCGACGUUGUCCUCGUCGCCUCCGACGACGGUUUCGGUCACUCCGACACCAAUCCAGUUCCCGUCCCUGCCCAUCGGUCCGUUCUGGCCAGCCGCUCCCCAGUUUUCAAAGCCAUGCUUGAAAAUGAGAUGGAGGAAAGCCUGAGUGGUACCAUCAAAAUAGGUGAUGUAUCAUAUGAUGCUCUUCGCUCCUUUGUCCAUUAUCUGUACACUGCAGAAGCUAGCCUUGAUGAACAAAUGGCCAUUGACCUUUUAGUAAUGGCCGAGAAAUACCAAGUGAAACAUCUCAAGACCUAUUGUGAAAAGUACACGGUGUCCAAGUUGAACUGGGAGAAUGCCCUCAUGAAUUUUGCCUUUGCACGCCAACACAACGCUAAGAUCUUAGAAGAGGCAGCCUUAUUAUUGAUCAUGGACAACAUGGAUAAGCUUAGCAAAUGUGAAGUAUAUAUGGAGCUCGUGGAGAAGGAUCCCCGGCUUGUUGUAGAAAUCUACGAGGCUUAUCUCUCGAGGCAGGUUAAUACUGCUGCACUCAGAGAGUACUCUGGAAAGCCAUAGGGGGAAAGUAUGAGAUGCGCAUAGAUCUACUAUUUCCCCUCCGGACUUCAAUUUGCUGAAUGUGAUUCUCUCUUGUUUGGUGUCCCACUUCUGGUUGAAAUUGGAUGUACAUGAAUUAUCAAGUACAGUUGAUCUCUUAGAAAGGGAGUUGAUUCCGGCAAGUUUUUAUUUUGGUGGAUUUAUACAUGUAGUUAGUUUUCAGCAA